GUACGUACCGAACUGCAACUUCAAACUUUGACCAAGAAUGAGAAGCAUUGCCCAAUAAUGUUUCUCAGCAGACAAAGACUGCACAUUGAAAGAAAAGAAACUACUAAGAAGUCCUAAGAGCAUUGCCGCUGCCAUAAAGUUUCAGGUGGAUUAUUGAGUUCCUUGGACACUCCACCUCAGUCCCGUAGUCAUGGCGACUGGAGGCUCUUCUACACAGGAUGACCAGAGGGUUGUGCUUUUGGGAAAGAUAGGAGCUGGGAAGAGCUCCUUGGCCAACAGAAUCCUGGGCCGUGAGAUUUUCAAGACAGACGAAAUAGGACUCUGUAUGAGGAGACAGGGAGAACAUGCUGGAAGGAAACUCACUGUGGUGGACACACCAGGCUGGGACAGGGUGUCUGUGCAACGUACACCUGAAAGGAUCAAACAAGAGAUCAUACGAAGUGCCACCCUUUGCCUACCGGGACCUCAUGCACUGCUCCUGGUACUUCCCAUAUCAAUGCAUGACCAAAUUCCCUCAGCAAAUGAGAUUAAAUCAGCCUCUCAUCAUGUAGCACUGCUGUCCCACAGGGCCUGGAGACACACAAUAGUUCUGUUUGUCUGUAAGGAUGAGAUGGACACGUCUGCCAUUGAUCAGCAAGUGCAGGGUGCCAAGAAGCUCAUUGACAAAUGUGAAGGGAGGUACUUCAUCCUCCACAAUGACUCAGAUGUAACGGCGCUACUGCAGAAGAUCGAGGAUAUGGUGGAAGAGAAUUGUGGAGAUUUCUUGAUACCCCAAGUCUCCUAUGAGGAAUCUGAGAAGAGAAUGCAGAGGAUUGCAAAUCAAAUUGGGAUGCAUGAGAAGAGAGUGGAGGAGCUCGAGCAGCUGUACAGAGGAAAAUGUGAGAAGAUGGAACUGGAUUUCAGAGAACAACUUGGGAAACUGGAGCAGGAGAUAAAUGACUAUAAAUCAGGGGGAACAAUGAAGAGGAGGAGCAGCAGUGAAUUCUUACCUCCAAACAUGGCUGAGACUAGCCAGGGUGGAGCUGCAGUCCAGCAUCAGGAUUCUGUUAAAGAGAUGGUUGCAGAAAAUGAGGCGAUCCACACAAUGAGGCGUGAUGAGGUCAUGCCAAUUCUGAGAUAUUACUCAAAGCGAUUUGGAGUCGUAAUGAUGGGCUUCAUCGGAGCUCUUGUAGGGUCAAUUGUGGGGGCAACUGAUGGAGUACAAGGAUCGGCUGUUGGUGUGAUAUCUGGAAGUACGAUUGGCGUCUUGUUGGCCAUAUUAUACAUCAGAGCAACCAGGUUUGGGUUGGGCGGUGGGAGAGUACCUUUUUUCGUUGAAGGUGGAAACCAAACAUCUAUACGGAGUGAUUCAUCUUGUUCUUCUAAAUCAGCUGAAAAAUGUAAAAAGCAGUAGGUCUAACUGCUAAUGGACUGAACAUUUCCAUAUAUAAAGUCAACAAUAGAAGACUUUUAAUAUCUUCAGGUCAUGCAAAAAGUGCUGAAAGUGCAAUUAAUCUGUACAUUACAAACGUCCACUAGUCAGCCUUUUUUUCUGUGUUUUUCACCUAAUUUGGAGUGCAAGCUCUAAAUUCUGAUCCUUC